AGAGUGGACUGCUGGGACAGGGGAGAAACCCUAGGCCUGCUCAAUGGCUUCGAAAUCGGAUCGGAGGACGACAAGAUCGGUUGCUGCCCGCGCGCAAUUUCAUGGCCAUUGCUGCCGAAGGAUUGUUUCUCCAACGUAGAAAAUUUGGAGGAGAAAUCGCGUUUGAUUGAGUUGAUUUUGUGAGUGCAUGGGGUUUGGGCGCCAUGCAUACGCCUCCGUCUUUACUGCACCUGUGCCAGCGCGUUUUGGCCAAUUUUCUGAAUUCUGCAUUGCAGAUUUGGAUUACUGGAAGGUCUUUAAGGAUUUACCACCGGAUGUUAUCAAUGGCAUUCUACUUCAUCUUCCACCUAUUACACUAUAUGCUCUCAACAGAGAAUUUCUACUGUAUUCAAGAGAAUGGAGGGAUAGCGAACUUGCAUGCACUGCUGAGUUAUCAUCUGAGAUUGGCAGGGAACAUACGGAGAUUGUUGGAGAGGAGGGAAGUAGCGAUUCUAGUUCAAACAGGAGUGCACGGUUGUGCAGAAGGAAAAGGGGUCAUAAUGGGUCUUCUAGACCGCUGGAUUUUUCAGCUCUGAAACUGGGCAUGUCUGCAGCUUGGAAAUCCCUGUACAUUAAGCGUUGGCCUACAUGUGCUGAUCGUUAUCAUGGAGCAGUAGAUUGGCAACAGCUCUAUUGGGAAACACACUUGCAGUGUUGUUUGAAUGCAGCGUCUGAAGAACCGUCAAUUUCUACUCUGGACUGUCAAAUUGGCGACAUCGUGAUGCCAAAUGACGUGCUGAAGAAUUUGAAUAGUGAGAUUAUUGGAAAUGAAGAGUCCACUUUCUCCACAUUGCGUGCAAACUGUGUCUAUUUUGGUUGCUUUGUCAGAAAACUGCGGCUUUACAGCAUACUGUGUUCUCCCAAGCUUGUGAUACUUCUCAAACAUGCUCGUCUACAUUCGGUCACAUUUUGCAACGUUCGAAUUAAAUCAGAGCUCACAGGCAUCUGUCAGCUGUUGACUGCCAACGCAUCAACAUUGCGUUCCGUCGAAUUUUAUCGUUCAAAGUUUUCUGGUGAAACUUUAAAUAAGAUUGGCAAAGCCAUGUGUCCUACAGGCACUCGACAUUAUAUUCAGCACUUCGCAUUGAUUUCUUCAAGAGUAUUUGAUCAAGCUAACCUUUUUGCAGUUAAUUCAUCGACUGAUUUUCUUCAGUUUCUAACUGCUGCGAGAUCUCUUCGGUCGUUAAUCCUCUGUGAUAACUCCUUAGAGCAAGAGAAUGUUGUUCUUAUAUUGAAAGUCAUAUUGCAACAUGCAAAAAAUAUUUGCAGUGUACAGCUGGUAGACAAUGAGCUUGGAGAAGCGUUCACAAGAUCAUUUUCAAGCUGUAUGACUGCCAACAAGUUAGCUCAAUCAGAAACAACGCGUGUGUUCAAGCGGCUCAGUGCGCUUGAUUUAAGGUCUAAUAUUUUGGAUAGUGAAGCAAUUGGAAGCUUGACAAAGUGUUUGACUAAAAUGCCAUCAUUACAGCAACUUGAUGUGAGUGACAAUCCUUUGGAGGAUGCUGGUAUCAGACUUUUAGUACCAUACAUCAGCAAUUCUCUUACCGCGCUCAAAGAGUUAUCUUUAGCAUCUUGUCAAAUGACUGCCACCAGUGCAAUAGUCAUGCUUAAUGCGUUGUCCAACUCUCAGACAACACUUCGACGAUUAUCACUUGCUGGGAACUCUCUUGGAAGUACGGUAGUACAAAGUCUCGCACAAUUUCUUCGCAAAUGCCCAUUGGAGAAUUUGGAUGUCAGUGACAUAGAUUUGGGUCCAACGGGAUGCUCUGAUGUACUUAAGGAGACGUUGAUAACCAAUGGAACGCUUCUUCACAUUGAUAUCAGCAAAAAUCGUAUCUGUGGGCUUGGAGCUGUCAUGUUGGCUUCCAUUAUAUCUGCUGGAACGAGCAGGUUGACAAGCAUUAAUGCAAGUGCAAACUUACUUUCGUCAGAAUCUAUUCAGCAUAUUGCAAAAAAUAUACAAAACUCAAAAACAUAUGUAGAAUCUACAGGCCGAAGUAUAUCCCUCGACCUACGAAACAAUCCUGGAAGCUUUCUAUGCAAACUAGCAGGUCUACAUGGCAGGGUUGGAGCAUGCACAGUUCUACUCUCCGAUUCUUCUUGCGAAACACACUCUGUGCUUCACGAUGAUGAUCCCUGACCUGAUCUGAUGCAAUAAAACAGUGACGACAACACCACCAGUUUCCUCAAUAGGACCUACAGACGAACGGCAUUAGGACUAUUCGCAACAACGAAGGUCGUAUUCCCACAUCAAGUGUCCGAUCCUAACUCCAAUGCGGAGAUACGGUCUCCUCCCCAAUCAUCGAUGUAUUGUUCAACCAAAAACUCAACAACCUCUAGCUUGAACAUACAUUCUAAAAUUCUCUAGAAGAUAGAGUAUCACAUUCUUUUAGCCCAGCAUCGUUCAUGUAAACCUUCGAUUUGAAUAUCAAUGGAAUACUGCAUAGGCUCAAAAAUACGAUUCUAUCCAAAA